GAAAACGAAACCGCCGGUGGAAGUGAACUUGUACGCGCCGUGCACCCGAUCGGGAUUUCAUUAGUUGAAAUUCUCCGCGUUGCAUCACCGAAAGUCAUCCGGAAAGCGCGCAUCGAACGCAGCCCGUGGCCGUUCACAGACCCGUGCCGAAAUUCCGAGUUGUCAGUCCGUCUUUUCUGUGUAUUUACGUACGAUCUCUCACAGCCGGCUAGUUUGUGCGUCGCGGAGUGCAAAAUGACCAGGAUUACGACCGGGAUACGGACAUAACUGCAUCCAGCGUCCUAGCUUGGUGACGAUGUAGCGCCAUGCCAAGAGACAUCAAGGCAAGCCAUGCUCUCCUACAUGUUACCAUCGGUAGAAGAGAAACCAUUGGCUGAACUAGACGGCUUCGAUGGAGAAGAGGGGGGAGGCAAGUUCGAACUGGCACUGAUCAAUGAGGGGAAGGACGCGAGAAAGGGGGACUCCUCAGGUGUGGGAUCCAUCGGCAAAGAUGCGAGUUUCAACAGUUUCCUGAGCGACGCGACCACAGCGACAGUCAGUCAUAGUUCUAUGACCAACACUAGUCUCAGUGAUAAGACAAAGCAUAAAUUCAUUAAUGGUGGGAAACCGCAUCCUUUGAAAAGGGUGUCUUUCGGUAGUUCACAUGGAUCCAUGGUUGAAACCUUGAUAUUUGAGAGUCCUGUCCAAGAAGAAAUAGUGCAGAUUAAUCACAAACCUAACGGAGACUGUUCUUUGCCUUUCCAAGAGGAGCAGGACCAAACAGAGACUGAGAGGGAGAAAGUACGAGUAAAGUUCUUCCAGCAGCUAAAACCCCAGGAGGUCGACUUACCCCCGAAUGAACUUGACAGCUUCGAAGAAGACUAUCAUCAUCUCCUAAUGGCAGCUACAGUGGCAAUCAGUGACUCCAACCACCACUUUCAGAGAAAUGAAAGUGUUGAAAGUGGUUGGGAGAAUCCCUUCCGACCUGGAGGCGACCUGAGCAGAGAGGCGGACGAAAUCGUCCAAAUGAUCAAAGGAGGCAAGCCUAUAACCCCAACAUCGGGAGAACCACAUCACAACAACCUAGAUUCUUCUCUGCCCGAAGCCGAACAGAACCUGGAGCAAAACCAUCUGGUCAACAAUGUAUCGGAGUCCCCUGAGAAGAAACAGAUCCCAUCUGUGGAGGCUACGCCCAAAAGUGCCAACGGAAACGUGAACAAAACCGAUGUUAAAACUGACAGUUCACCAGGUGCCGUUGACGUGAAGAGAGCAACCGUUAAACCCGACGGUGACGCCUCUCAGGUUGAACACAUAACAAUCAAGAAGAAACCCAAGUGCAAGUGCUGUGUAAUACAAUAAGUUACUUUCGUAGUCAAUUCUAUCAGAUUUUUCUCCGCUGUUUUUGUAACGGUUCCAUUGGCAGAAGAAGGGGUGACGUAUGCGAAGAUGAUCGAGUAGAAUAUUGCGCUUAUGGAUCCCUGCCUUUUUCCAGACAUAGAAAUGAACCAACGCCUAAAAGUUCUGUGCACAACGCUCUAUGAAUUAUUGGCUCUAUGAUUCAUCUCACUGUAAAAUAUUUGGAAAGUUUUAUAGGAAUUUCUGGCUGCUCGAUAGUUCGAUCACUCAACUAUCCUCUAUAGCAUAUUAAUUUUACACAAAUUGAACAAUCUUUAACUUUUGACUGCUCAAGACUCCUACAUAUUCCUUUUGAAUCUCUAUGUGCUAUUCUCUAAACCACAGAACAACUGAUCUGUAACUUCUUUUUCCUUAAUAAGUUGUCAUGUUUGAAUUCUUAACAUUAAAAUUAUUUGAAUCUUCCAACUUCCAAAGUAUAAAUUGUCGAUUCAGUAUCUGAGAAAAAUAAGGGGAUCCAUAAGAAGAGUGAAUAAUAAAUUUUACCUGAUUUAACCUGGAGCAUUAAAAUGCUCUGUUAUCUGUGAUCCAAGAUUGAGUUAUUUUUUGGAGUAGUGUUUCCAUAUGUCAAACCUUUCACCUGAUGCAUUGUGGUUAUUUAACCCACGCAGAUAAAUUUCGAUUUCAGGUUUUACACACUCAUUUGAAGAUCCCAUGCCAAGCGAUUAUUUAAAUUUUAAAUUCUCUUCCUUCGAUACUAAUUAUAAUCUGACCAAAUUUCCUAUCAAAGAAGACGUGAUACAGAAUGAGUGUGUCUGUAAGAAAAUAGUUAUUCAGAUAUAAUGCACUACAUUACAUAUAGCACAUUAUCUUUCAAGUUGAACCCAAUUUUAAUUAAAUUUGCCCAUUGUGUCAUUUUGUUGAAACUGAAAACAAAAAUAUUCAGUGUAGUGAAUAUUUUUAUUUAAAAGGAUAACUUUCAUAUUUUGUGUGUGAAUGUAGUGGAUUAUAUAAGGGGUAUGGUCAUGGUACAAAUAUAAAAAGUUCUUUGGGGUAGCCGGGAACAUUGUUGCUUAAAUAUCCAGCCACACAAAUAAAAUUCUAUAAAUAAACUGUUGUAUGUUGUUAAUCACGAACAGGUACAAAAAAAAAAUCAAAACCCAUGAACCAUAUCAAAAAAAUUAUAAAAACUCUUCAAGUUAUUCGUUGUUUUCUACUGAAUAUUUGUGUGUCUGGUAUCAUUACAAGGAUAAAUUAAAAGUUUAAAAAUGCCUGAUAUAUAUUGAAAAAAGCAGCUCUUAGGAACUGGAAUAUAUAUUAAAAUAUGUAUAUACCAUAAUGAUUAAAUAAAGCUUUACCUAGGAGAUUAUAAUGAAUAAGAAGAGAAUUACCUAAAAAUAUUUUUAAUUACAGCUAUUUUAUUUUUUUAAAUACAUAUUUGAUUUCGAAUAAAUGGAUUUGUUUUAUUUAUGUACUGUCUUGAUAUGUGAGGUGUCCCAAGUUUUUAACGGAAGAGUGGUAAUGUUUUUUUGUAUGUUACAAAUUUUCAAAGCGGAUAUUUUGAAACUUGGGGCUUGAUGUAAAUUUGGAAAUGACUACUUUAUUCUUAUGUGUAUGUAUAAAGCAGCUUGGCAUUAGCGUUAGUAUGUAGAUUGUAACAUAAUGAUACUAUUUUUUCUGGUACUUUUAUAGUGAUAUUCAUCUGUUGUUUUAAUUUUGAUUUUAUUUAACAGUUUUUGCUUUUAUUAUAUUUGAUGAAAUGAAAAAUCUUUAAUUAUUUAUAUACCAAAUAAUGAUUCAUUAAAUGUUUUAUGAAAUA